AUGUCGUUACGCACAUACAAGGCCGCCAUCUCUCAGGCUGAACCUGUAUGGUUCGACCUGAAAGGCGCAGUCAAACGAACAAUUGAGCUCAUUGAGGAAGCGGCCGAAAACGGUGCAGUGUUGAUUGCUUUUUCCGAGCUAUGGAUUCCAGGUUAUCCCAACUUCCUCUGGGGUGGCACAUACAGCGAGAACAUCCCGCUAGUGCACAAAUACAUGAAGAACAGUAUGGAGGCUCAUGGACCAGAAAUGUUGGAGAUUCGCCAGGCUGCAGCAGCCAAUAAGAUGCAUGUCGUCCUGGGCUUCAGCGAAAGGGUUGCGAGCACGCUCUACCUCGCACAGAUCUUGAUAGACGACAAAGGCGAUGUCUUGCUCCACAGACGGAAGAUUAAACCCACUCAUCUUGAGCGCACUCUUUUUGGUGACUCGACAGGCGAUUCUCUGCAGACUGUGGCGGACACUAAACUCGGCAAGAUCGGGAUGCUGAAUUGCUGGGAACACUUUCAGCCUUUGUUAAAAUACCACACAUAUGCGCAAAAUGAGCAAGUCCAUAUCGCAGCAUGGCCGUAUCAUGGUGAAGCUCUGGGAGACGAGCCAUGGUCAGUAUGUACGGAGGCCAACGAGGUGACUGCUAGUCGGAUGCAUGCCCUUGAGGGAGGUACCUUUGUGCUUGUGACGAACCAAAUGAUCACAGCAGCAGGGUUGAAGACGAACACCGAAGGCCACAGCGCGACCGGGAAGUCCUUCUCCGUUGGCGGUGGUGGCGGCGGCGCAGCAAGGGUUUUCGGUCCUGAUGGACGCCAACUCACUCCAGAUUCCGACCCGUACCACGACGGACUGAUAUACUGUGACAUCGACCUUGAUCUAAUCGAUCGAGCAAAGACCCUCGCAGAUCCCGUUGGCCAUUAUUCUCGCCCAGAUCUGCUUCGUUUGGUAGUCGAUGAUACGCCUAAGCAUUAUGUUGUCAAGGCAGAUGCUGGCCCACCAGAAACGCUCACAUCCGCAUUCAGACCCCUUGGAGAUACACUGGCAUCGUUUGCGAACGGAUUUUGA